UAUAUUGCAGAUUUGUGUCUUUGUGGCACUGAUAUAUGUUGACUAUUCGUUAGCUGUACUUUCAAAUCAAGAAUGGGAUGUUUGGAUUUCGCGAUAUCACAAACAGGGCUAUACGCGUCUGGAUAUAUGUGGAUUGUUGCUUUUUCUACACAACACUACUCUCAGUUUGAGUCAACUGAAAUGGAUACUGCGAAGGUUAGGGCUCAAAAGACGCAACGCGUCGUCUCCUCUUCUAGACGUUAUACGAGCGAUUCACUCAUUAUAUAAAAGAGGGAUGGUUGUAUGUGGUUAUAAAACUAUAUGGAAACUGGUCAACACAACCACAAAUGUCAAAGUAACCCAAGAAACAACAUGGUGUGUAUUGAAGGUAAUUGAUCCUGAGGGUGUUGCUCUCAGAUCUGCACAUCGCCUGCGACGCAGAGUCUAUACCAAUAAAGGUCCUAAUUUUACUAUACACAUUGAUGGGUAUGAUAAGCUAAAGCCUUUUGGAAUUGCUAUACACGGGACGGUUGAUGGAUUUUCCAGAUGCAUAUUAUGGCUGGAGGCAUGUUAUUCGAAUAAUGACCCUCGAAUUAUCGCGGGAUUCUUUGUUUACUUUGUGAAACGGAUUGGUCGCGUUCCACGUCUUGUUCGUGGCGAUGCAGGGACAGAAAACGUUUGGGUACGGGCUAUGCAGAUAGCGUUUGGGUUUAAUGACAGGGAUAACAUGUCUGGAAUGAACAGUUACAUCACUGGGAGAUCCACUGGCAAUCAAAGAAUUGAACGUUUGUGGGUAAAUUUAAGAAUGCGUUUUACUGUGUUUUGGAGAAACUAUUUUAAGGAUAUGAUAGACAGCGGCUUGCUUCGGAUUGAUGGUCCUGUGCAUUUAGAAUGCCUUGGAUUCUGUUUCAUACCAUUAAUACAACGCGAUCUGAACUCUUUCAACCAUCUAUGGAAUUCUCAUCGGAUUCGGCAGCAAAAAAAUAUGGAAGCACCAAAUGGGAUACCGAUAGUAAGUUACUACCAGCCUGAGGCGUAUGGAACCCGAGGUUUUUCAUUUCGGCUUCUUUGCGAAUUGGAAACCAUUGAUCGUAUUCAAGAGAGAUACUUUGUAAAGAAACCACACUUUGGAUGUAAAGAUGACUUCAUACCCGUCCUAGAACAUUUGUGUGAAAUGCGGCGGGAGCAACUGUCAAUUCCUGAAUCGAUUGAACGUGCGACUUCUUUGUUCUUGGCCUUGACUGAAAUAUUGGAUGGUUCUUAAUUACAUAUGCAAAAAUAUAUGCUUAAAAAGUGGUUAUAUUUUGCAAAUUUAAUCGUUAAGUUAGUUUAGUUCAAGUAAGUUUCGUUUCGAGUUUUAUUUACAAUGUGUCGAUAAGCAA